CAGGCACUUCCGCUGCAAGAGGUUGAGAGAGCGGCCUUCAUUCCUCUGGUGGAGCAAGCGCCUGGCUCUUCUUUCUGAUUCCUGCAGGAGAGGAGGCUGUUCCUGGACUAUUUCUGAGCUGUUUUUUAAGAAAGAGUGCAUCACUCAACAGGUGGCAUCUGGAGUUAUCCUCUGUGGAUUUUCCAGGAUCUCAGACAACUUCGUGCAAUCUCCCAGCCUCCUUUCCUUCCCCUGCUCUGGCUUCUGAAAGAAUGCUGCGGAGAGGAGGCAAGAGAGCAUCCUGGCUCCUAGCAGCAGAGCCCCACUGUGACAGGACCUAGCAUUCACCUUUCUCUUCUGUUCCGAGUGGAAGAAGAAUCAGAAUCUUACCCUGAGAGCUACAAGGAGAACUCCAUUUUUCACUGUGCAGGGGCUCUCUCCUGAAGGGUCAAGUGGAAUCUGGAAUCCAGCCCGUGCUUCCCCAUCAUCAAGCCAUGUGAAGCUGCAGACUCCCUGAGUGUCUUAGUCCCUUUGUGCUGCUAUAACAAAAUAUACCAUAGACUGAGUGGCUUAAACAGCAAACCUUUAUAACUCACUGUCCUGGAGACUGGGAAGUCCAUGAUCAAGUCACUGGCAAAUCCAUUGUCUAAUGAGGCCACUCUUACUGGUUUGCAGAAGCUAUUGUCUUGUAUCUUCCUGCGGGGAAGAGAGGAGCUAGGUUACUUGCUUUUCUUACAAGGACAGCAAUCCCAUUAUGGAGGUUUCACCCUCAUGACCUAAUUACCUCCUAAAGGCCCCACCUCCCAGUAACAUCACAUUAGGGCUUCAACAUAAGAAUUUUGAGGGGACACAGACACUGGUCCACAGCAGCAAGGGAGGGGCUCCUUGACUGUUUCAUGUGAAGCAGCCGCAUGGGUUUAUGCAUAACUUCUACUGAUUGUUUAAGCUGCCAGAAACUGUUCCAUGUGUUUUAUGUAUAGUCACUUUCACUGACCUUCCUAUGAGGUAGUUAUUAUUAUUAUAUCCAAUUUAUAGAUCAGACAUUAGAGCACAAAGUACUAGCAAGUUGGAGAUGCCCGUAUUCCAAUACUGGUGGGCUGGUUCUGGAGUCUAGACUGUUCACAACUCUGUUCUCUACUCCCUCAAGCAGCUCCCUUGGCUUCAGAGUCCAAUCUCCAUUUCUCUGUCUUUUACCCCUAACUCUGGAGCCCUCAUUUCUCCUUCCAUGAAAUCUUAGACUCCCAUCUGCUUAUUUUUGUCUUUAGAAGCAACAGAGAGACAAGAUUUGGAAUAGUGGCUCUGGUAUGAAAGCCAGAUUCAGGUACCGUUCCUGCCUCUUGACCUCAUCAAGCCUCAGCUUCCUCACCUGUUAAAUGGAUACAAUUGCCAUCAUCAUAUUUGUUGAGAACUCCCUAAAAUGCCAGCUGAGCAUAGGCACAGAGGUUUGGGUGGUUGGACCAAGGUCACACAACUGACGCAACAGUAGGUUCUUCACAGACUUGGCACUUCUCCAGAAGGAGGAGGACAAAAUGACGAAGUGUAAGGAGCCAGUGACCUUCAAGGACGUGGCUGUGGUCUUCUCUGAGGAGGAGCUGCGACUGCUGAACCUUGCCCAGAGGAAGCUGUACCGAGAUGUGAUGCUGGAGAACUUCAGGAAUGUGGUCUCAGUGGGGCAUCAGUCCACACCAGAUGGUCUACCCCAGUUAGAGAGAGAAGAAAAGCUGUGGAUGAUGAAGAUGGCAACCCAGAGGGAUAACUCCUCAGGAGGCAAGAAUCUAAAAGAGAUGGAGACUCUUCAAGAAGUAGGAUUAAGGUACCUGUCUCAUGAAGAGCUUUUCAGCUCCCAGAUCUGGCAACAGAUUACAAGAGAGUUAACCAAGUAUCAAGAUUCUGUGGCAAACAUUCAGAGAACAGGCUGUCAGUUGGAAAAACGAGAUGAUUUGCACUAUAAAGAUGAGGGAUUCGGUAAUCAGAGUUCCCAUCUUCAAGUCCACCACAGAGUCCACACUGAUGAAAAACCCUACAAAGGAGAACAUUGUGUGAAAAGUUUCAGCUGGAGCCCUCAUCUUCAAAUUAACCGAAGGGCUCAUGCAGGAGAAAAGCCCUACAAAUGUGAAAAAUGUGAUAAUGCCUUCCGUCGGUUUUCAAGUCUUCAAGCCCAUCAGAGAGUCCACAGUAGAGCAAAAUCAUACACAGAUGAUGCAGCUUAUAGGAGUUUUAGUCAGAGGUCACAUCUUCACCAUCAUCAGAGAGUUCCCACUGGAGAGAAUCCAUACAAAUAUGAAGAGUGUGGGAGGAACGUUGGGAAAAGUUCACAUUGUCAAGCUCGUCUGAUAGUUCAUACGGGAGAGAAACCCUAUAAAUGUGACGAGUGCGGGGUAGGCUUCAGUCAGAGAUCGUAUCUUCAAGUUCAUCUGAAAGUUCAUGCUGGAAAGAAACCAUAUAAGUGUGAAGAGUGUGGGAAGAGCUUCAGUUGGCGUUCACGACUGCAGGCUCAUCAGCGAAUCCACACUGGCGAGAAACCAUACAAAUGCAAUGCGUGUGGCAAGAGCUUUAGUUACAGCUCACACCUUAACAUUCAUUGUAGAAUCCACACAGGAGAGAAACCCUAUAAAUGUGAGGAGUGUGGGAAAGGUUUCAGUGUGGGUUCACACCUUCAGGCCCAUCAGAUAAGCCACACUGGAGAGAAACCAUACAAAUGUGAGGAGUGUGGGAAAGGCUUCUGCCGGGCCUCAAAUCUUUUGGACCAUCAAAGAGGCCAUACUGGAGAGAAACCAUAUCAGUGUGAUGCAUGUGGUAAGGGCUUCAGUCGUAGCUCAGAUUUUAACAUUCAUUUUAGAGUCCAUACAGGGGAAAAACCCUAUAAAUGUGAGGAGUGUGGCAAAGGCUUCAGCCAGGCCUCAAAUCUUCUGGCCCAUCAAAGAGGCCACACUGGAGAGAAACCCUACAAAUGUGGUACAUGUGGGAAGGGCUUCAGUCGGAGCUCAGAUCUUAAUGUACACUGUAGAAUCCACACAGGAGAGAAACCCUAUAAAUGCGAGAAGUGUGGUAAGGCCUUCAGUCAGUUCUCCAGCCUUCAGGUCCAUCAGAGAGUCCACACUGGAGAGAAACCAUAUCAGUGUGCAGAGUGUGGGAAGGGCUUCAGUGUAGGUUCACAGCUUCAGGCCCAUCAGAGGUGCCACACUGGAGAGAAACCCUAUCAAUGUGAGGAGUGUGGGAAGGGCUUCUGUCGGGCCUCAAAUUUUCUGGCACAUCGUGGAGUCCACACAGGAGAAAAACCAUACCGAUGUGAUGUGUGUGGUAAGCGCUUCAGGCAAAGAUCCUACCUUCAGGCCCACCAGAGGGUCCACACAGGAGAGAGACCAUACAAAUGUGAGGAAUGUGGGAAAGUCUUCAGUUGGAGCUCAUACCUUCAAGCCCAUCAAAGAGUUCACACUGGAGAAAAACCAUACAAAUGUGAGGAGUGUGGGAAGGGCUUCAGUUGGAGCUCAAGUCUUAUCAUUCAUCAGCGAGUCCAUGCUGAUGAUGAGGGUGACAAGGACUUUCCUUCAUCAGAGGAUUCACACAGGAAAACUCAAUAAAAUAUGUUUUACUGUCUCAGAUGGGUGCUGAAAUACUUUAAUUAUCAGAGCUAUCAUAGACAAAACAUUUGUCUUAUAGAAUCAGUAGUUCGGCUGAGUGAUUGGGAGACCACACAGCAGAGAAGCCUCACGAGAGUGGAGACAUACGGACUGCGUUCAGAACACUGACCAUUAGCUGAUACAUGCAGACAAGAGGAUCAGGAAGGAUGAGUCUGAUCUGGAGUAAACCAGAAUUACUAAGAUGGGAAUGCUGAACGCUAUUCCACUAGAAUAUAAGGUCCAAGAGGGUAGGGACUUUGUUGACUGCCAAAUCUACUUUGCCUUUUCAGUGCCUAACACAUUGUAAUUUUUCAGUAAUAUUUGAAAUUACUGUCAUACUUGAAAUUCAGUAAUAUUUGACAUUUAUCUCUCAAAGUUUCUCUAAAAUUGUACUCAGAAGAAUAAUUCUGCAAGUCUUGGGGGAUAUAUAAGUUAGUCAUAUGGCCUGAUUUUCCCAUUUUUGCAGGUCUCAUGGAUGAGUGUUUAUCAAACUGAAGGUUACAGCUUGUUAGUGGGUCCAGAGAUCAGUUUCUGGCUAGCAACUAGAAGUUUUGUAUGUUAACAGUACUUUAUUGAGGUGUAAUCUGCAUGCAGUAACAUGCACAAGUCUCAAGUUUAUGGCUUCCUGAAUUUUGACAAAUGUAAUCAUCACCAAGAUCCAUGUAUACAAUGUCUAUUAAACCAAAAAGUUUUCUUGUGCCCAUUUCCAGUCAA